ACGUUUCAACGAGUUGGAUUGUCGGAUUAUAACCAUACAUGGAGGUUACACUUUAACUUGUGAUAAAGCCGGAGUUUUUUAAAAUUUUUUCCCCGUUUUCAAUUAAAAAAAAAGAAACUCAAUAGGUAAAAAGUUUAAAGAAAUGGCAUUUACUUUGUGGAAUUUGUUUGAGGCGACGAUUUUGUUUUUGAACGCCGUCUGCGUUCUACACGAAGAACGCUUUCUCGCCAAAAUGGGCUGGACUUCGGCGAGCAGUGUACAAGGAUUUGGGGAAACUCCUUCGGUCAAAGGGCAGAUUUUAAACCUGAUGUACUCUAUAAGGACUGUCAUGAGAAUACCCCUGAUUUUUGUCAACAUAUUCACGAUUGCAUUCAAGCUAAUUUUUGGUUAAAAAAACAAAAACAAAAUAAAUAAAUACAACCAUUAUUUUUAUAUAAUAUAAUAAUCAAAAUGAGUUUAUACAAAUUUAUUGACAUCGGUGCCAAUUUGACAGAUCUUAUGUAUCAAGGAAUAUACAAUGGUUCUAAAAAACACCAACCAGACUUAACUAAUGUACUAAAAAGGGGAUGGGACAACGGGUUAGAUAAAAUUAUAAUAACAGGAACUUAUUUGGAAGAUUGCAAAGAGGCUUUGGAACUCGCUAAAACCGAUGAGAGGUUGUACCUGACCAUCGGGUGUCACCCGACACGCUCGAACGAAUUUGAAAAAU